CUGGUUCUAGCACCCUUAUGGAGGAGCAUUCCUUGACACUUGAUAUGCACCAAACUUUUAGUGAAGAAGUUGGCUAUACUUCUGGGUUUCAUCCAGGGCCUGCUAGUGAGACAUCCAUCACUACCUACAAAGCAGCCUCCACUGAGAAUGGUUUCCAGGCUGAUGCAGUUCAGGGAAAUCAGCUUAUGGAGGAUCUGUCCCUGCACAAAGAACAGCUGAAACUAUCACGAGACAGGAUAAUAGCAGAAAGGGCAGAAGAGAGACGGCUAGCAGUGGAGAGAAAACGAAAGGAGCGGGAAGAGCAGAAACGGAAAGAGCAGGAACAGCAGGAGCGUAUGGAGAAAAUGAGAGAAGAAAUGGAACAGGAGAAGCAAAGGAGGAUUGAGGAGUUUCGUUUAAGAAAAGAGCAGCUUGAAGAAGAGCGUCAGCGCCAGGAAGAGGAGGCAGAAAGCGAACGACAAGCUGAGAAGGCAGCCCAAGAGCAGGCCCGGCGGCUCCAGGAGGGGCAGCGCCGGAGGUUUUUGGAGAUGCAGAAGAAGAAGCAGGCGGAGGAACUGGAGCGGGCAGAAGCAGAAAAACGCAGGCAGAAAGAAAUGGAGCUGCAGUUGGAGGAAGAACGGCGACAGCUAGCAGAGAUGGCCGAGGAGCAACGGUUGGAGUAUGAGAAGAAGAAAAAGGAGGAGGAAGAAAAAAUGAGGCUUGCGGCUGAGGAGAGAAGGAAGAGAGCUGAGGAAGAGGCUAGAGUUGCUUUGGAGGAAGCAAGAAAGCAAGCGUUAUUACUCUCAAGACAAAUGGCAGAGCUGGAGAAGAAGCAACAAUUUCAAUAUCAACUACUUGUAGAAUCAUAUGGUCUGGAACGAAGACAGGAUAUUUCGCGUCCGUGGGUUUAUUCCUAUUUCCAGCAUCCUUUUUUUACAACAGGAGAGGAUGAUUAAAGAACACUUAAGUGAGGUUGUUGUC